AUGGUCUACAAUCCCUCUGCGUCAGCCCGUGCAAAGGCCAGGCUACAAAGAGUCGUCCGGGCAGCAGAGCGCAUCAUCGGCUGCCCCCUGCCCCCCAUCAUGGAUCUCUGUGUACUUUGUCUACCUCUGCCUGAUAAUGCAUAUUGCACUGACUUAUUUUCACAUCUUCCUAGACAUCAAGUUCUUCGCAUUACUGCAAAAGAUGACACUCAAAUAAGUCUUUUGAAGGAACUCUCUGAAGUUGAAGAGCUUCAGCUGGACUUUUGGACAGAGCCAGUUCAUACAGAUCUUCCUGUGGAUGUUCGUGUACCUCUCCAGAGCCUUCGGAUGGUCAAGACUUACCUGGAUUCCAAUGACAUACAUUAUUCUAUAAUGAUUAAGAAUCUUCAGGAUGUCCUUGAUGAGGAGCAGCAAGUGAUGUUUGCGGCUCGUGCAGGCCAGCUCAAAAACACAGAUGCCUAUGAUUAUGCCAACUACCAUACUCUGACUGAGAUAUACAAUUUCAUGGACAUGCUGGUGGCUGAGAACCCAAACCUUGUUAGCAAAAUUGUUAUUGGUGAGAGCUAUGAGGGACGUCCUCUGAAUGUGCUUAAGUUUAGCACAGGUGGAUUCAAUCGUCCAGGAAUCUGGAUUGAUACUGGAAUACAUUCUCGGGAGUGGGUCACACAGGCCAGUGGAACCUGGUUUGCAAAGAAGAUUGUGACAGACUAUGGACACGACCCUACUCUUACUGCAAUCCUUGACAGCAUGGACAUCUUCCUUGAAAUUGUCACCAAUCCAGAUGGUUACCAUUUCACUCAUAACUCUAAUCGUAUGUGGCGCAAGACCAGAAAACCUAACCCUGGAUACCCUACUUGUGUUGGAGUGGACCCCAACCGAAACUGGAAUGCAGGUUUUGGAGGUGCUGGUGCAAGUGGAUCUCCUUGCUCUGACUUAUACCGUGGACCAAGUGCUCAUUCUGAGUCUGAAGUGAAAUCAAUUGUGGACUUUGUUCUGUCUCAUGGAAACCUCAAGGCCUUUAUAUCCAUACACAGCUAUUCACAAAUGCUUUUAUACCCUUAUGGGUAUACCACAACACCUGCAAAAGACCAUGAGGAACUGAAGAACCUGGCAUUUAAGGCCAUAACUGACUUGGCUUCUCUCUAUGGUACACGCUACAGAUAUGGCAGUAUUAUCGAUACCAUAUACCAGGCCAGUGGUGGCACCAUUGACUGGACCUAUAACCAAGGCAUCAAGUACUCCUACACAUUUGAGCUGAGGGAUACUGGUCGUUAUGGUUUCAUUUUGCCGGCCAAGCAGAUCAUUCCAACCGCCCAGGAGACAUGGCUAGCUCUAAUUGCCAUCAUGGAGCACACAAAAGCUAACUCCCUGUAAGGGCAGAUACUGACAAAGGAAAUCUUUAAUGUCAAAAGUAAACACAACUGCAACAUA